AUGUCCGAAGCGCUUGACUUCCCUUGGCGAAUUUUAGAUCUCAAAUUUUUACUUAAAGACUCAUCGAUGAACUACCAAAAUCUUGUUCAUCCGGCGCAAACAAGACUCAUAAUUAACCAAGCCCAGUCUCGUCUUCUUUAUCGACAGUUUGAUAAUCGCCCACCUCUUGUCCACCUCUACGAUAUGUUGCAUGCUUUUAGUUUAUCACUUCAAUUGGAUAUGUUGCAUGAACAGGCUCAACGGGCACGUUCAAAGCGACCACCAGAUCAACUUACAAUCGAAGCCUACAGACCUAGUAGAUGUUUGUCAAUUUCUUAUUGGCAUGGUUUAGCUAGAACUCAGUAUAAUUCAGUUAUGGGUCUUGAUGGAAAGUUACAUCCUACAGCUUAUUUACUUACCAUUCAUAUUGAUCCAACGGAACCUCAAAGACCACUAUGUGUUAGUCAUCGUCCUGAGCUUACUACUUCAAAAUCCCAAUUAGUUGGAGCUACUGUACAGGGUGAUUGUUUAUCUAUUGAAACUCUGUUAACGAGAACUAUGGUGGCUCGAGCUGAACAAAUGCUACAGGAUUUGAGACAAGAGCUGCUGAUUAUCAGUCCUGGACCUGUACGUCUUGCCGAUGCUCCAUUAUGCUUGUAUGUUCCACUUUUAUGGCCUUGUAGUCCACAUGAAUUAUUACAAGUACGCAUAGAUCCUGUACAAGGUUUUGUAUGUACUUCAUUUCCAUUACUUACUUCACUCGAUACUGAGUUCGGUGCUAUUGGAUCAGUUGUUGUUAGUGCUGAUUUUAGUUCUUCUACUGGAGUUUCUGAAAAUUUUUCUCGUUCCAGUGUUAUUAAUACACUUAGUUCACUUGAGUCUGCUUUUAAUCAAGCAUCUUGCCAUCGUGUUCGUCUUGUGUCUGCUACAGGAGCUCUUGUCCAACCUCAUGAGAGUGAUCGCAUUUGUUCAAUUCAAUCCCGUAGUUUACGUAAUCUUUCCCACGGAGAUGCUCGAUGGCGUUCUGUGAUUUGUGAGUGCUUGGAACAUCUACGACUGUGUUUAGGUUUGGCCAGGCUAAUGCAGACAGCAAAGAUACACCGACCAUUUUGGCAACCGUUUAAACGUCAUCUACCUUUAAUAUUGUCUCCUGCACAAGUCAACUUAUCAAGUUCAUGGUCUAAAAUGCUAGUCCGUCUGCAGCAGUCAUAUCGUUGGCCUAUUUUAUUUGCUCAAUUAUUUCCAAAUAAUGAAUACUAUAUAGCAUGUGAAGUUAUUUCUGGGCCAUUGAGUGUGGACUACAAAUAUUACUUAAUUGUUUGUAAUGCCCUUCCAGAACAUAUGAAUAUCACUACAAAUUUACAAGGUGUACUUGUUUUCAACUCGGAAAUAAAUCCCGCCUCUGGACAUUUAAAUGAAACUGGAUUAUUUCUUCAGGUGACUCACUUUACAUCGCUCAUAGCUGAUACUGUUUGGUCUAAUAAUCCAUCAACAACGCUGGAACAAUUAUGUGCUUGUAUUAAAAAAGCUCAAUCUACCAUAGUGAAUCAACGCUCAACACGUUUAAAUGAAUUAUUAAAUAAACUAAAACUGUCACAUGCAAUUGACAGUGAAUCAGUUUAUAAUGAUGCUGUUGUUACUCGCAAAUCAAUGCGUUUAUUUGAACCUCAAGCUACUGUACCAACAUUAGCUCGUCUAAUUGGUACUUUGGAAGAGAAUAUACUCACUAAUUAUUUAACAGUGGAACUUUCAUGCGCUGGCAUAGAACACAAUGGAAUGCGUUAUGACGGUGCAGGUUGUUUAUCUGCCAUUACAAUUACCAGUAUACCAUUCGAUCCGCCAAGUUGGCAUCCAUCAGAUAUUAUUCCUCUAGUAGAUUUUGUUCAUGAAAUGAUACUUCGACCACAUUUCGAUCCUUUUACACAUCGUCGAAGUUGGCAAUUAGAUAUUGUCUUUACUGGUAUUGUAGCUCCUUUAAAUGGAAUUAAUCAAAAGUCUUCAACUUAUUUGCGUCAUCAAACUGCUGAAUGGACUGUAGCAAGAUUAGAACAUUUCAAUAUUGUCGUACAAAAUAUACUGGUCGAAUGGGAAAAAUUAUGUUUAAUGCAUGCUUUAUGUUAUCAUGUUAUCACUAAUCCCGAUGUUUAUCUUCCUAAAGGUACACAAGUUUAUUCAUACAAUCUUAGAACAUUAUCAUUAAUAUAUGGUACUUACUACUUGGCUGAUAUAUCUAAUCCAACUGGACAUAAAUUUACAUUGGCCUUAGGUUUUCGACCAACAUCAUUGAUUAAUAGUAGUGAUACAACAAGAGAAUUAAACUCUGACGAUAUCAAUAUGAGUAAUACAAUAAAUGUUGAUUUCAAUCCACAUAUGAUUGCUAGACAACACUUGGAAGAAUUGUUAAACACUAGGAAGUCGAUAUAUUCUUUAGCUACAACAAUGUUGAAUACAUUGGAAUUCUUUCGAUGUGUGGAACCUCUCCGGGAUCAAGUUUUGUCUUAUAAUGGUCUUAAGGUUAUUUCUCCGCAUAAUCAUUGUUUACAAGCUGCGUGUGGUAUGCUAUUAAUCGCCUUAUCCCCUAGUGAUCUUAUUCUAAUCUAUCGUGCAUCACUAAGUUUACGAAUUACACUAAAUAUUAUUGAACAUUCAAUUGUAUCGUCUACAAUGUCAUCAUCCAACAAUAAUAAUGACACAUUAAAAAGAACUAAAUCUAUUCAAUUACAUGAUGCCUAUAAUCAAUUAACAACGGGAAAAAAACCCUAUCCACCUAUUUUCAAUACAGAUGGAUGGAAUAAUCAAAUGUUGGAUGACAAAGCUUUAUGCAGCUUAGCUCCAUUACCUGCUUUCUCGAAAUUCUUAAAAUCCGUUCAAGAAUUAUUUUGCAUAAAUUCAGAUGAAAAAUUGACCAGCUUAACACUUACUCAAUUCGCUCAAUUAACAAGAUUAACAUUUGAUAAAUUUAAAUCCGGCAUAAUAUCAUCAAAAACAUUUUCUCCAACAAAUUGUCGUCGUACUGAUCCAGGUUCAACACUACUAGAAUCUUAUUUAUCAACAAGUUUAUUAUUUCAUGCUGCAAUCUUAGCUAUACAAAGUUUAGAUGUACCGAUUCGUCAUGUUCAUAAUGAAAUCCCCUAUGACCAACAACAACAAACUGAUGAACAACAACGAAUCAAAAAUCAAAAUGAUCUACUUGAAAAUGCGGUGUUUAUGUGUGUUUGGCCCGUGAGUCAAUUAACUGUUCAAUUGUCAAUGUUAUGUCAACCAACUACCAGCAACGGAAUGGAAUCUUUUUGGUGGAGGCUGAAACUUCAACUUAGUCAAAGUGUUAACUCAUGUGACCGUUGGCCACCCGAAACACUGAAUGUUUUUGAAGAGUUUUUUGACAAAAGAGUUUGUUCUUUCCCAUUUCAACCAAGUGCUGUGACUGCGUUUUUCCGAUUAUUGUUACUACCUCCGCAUGCAUUACGUGCAAUGGGUCGCGUUCUAGCGUUUGAUUUACAUUCACCUGCUCAAGCUCCUGUUUAUGUACGUAUAGGUUUAAUUGGGAUGGGUGUUAAUUCACGUGUUACUGCUAUCAGUAGUAGUAGUUCAUUAGCAAAUCAACCACCGAAUGGAGCAGCGUCAGCGGCCACUGGGGCUGCACAAAAUCUACUUACAUUUGACACUGGUUCAGAUUUACAGCCUGGUAUGCCUGGUAUCAUUGUUCGUCCGUCGAAAAUCACAUUACAAUUGUUAAUAACGCGUUCACAUUCACGACAUUUGUCUAAAAAUCUUACCCCAUUAGCUCAAUUAGUUGUUGUUGGUUAUGAUUGGGAUGUAAAUCAUGUUGUUAUCUAUCCAACUAUUAAUCAAUCACAAAAUAUAAUAACAAAUAAUAGAAAUCAAUCAGAUACAAUUAAUUUAAAUCUUUUAAGAUUAUUACAUGAUACUGAUGUAGAAUCAAAAGCAAAUGCUAUGGCAACUAGUAGUAAUGAUUCAGCAUUAGUUCAACUUGUUCUACUUAUUACACAAACUGUAGCUGCAUCUUAUCCAAUCAGUUCAUCCGAUUCUACAUCAUUGAAUAAUUCCAAUGUAAUGACUGGAUUUGGUAUAGGAGGAGGAGGAGGAAAUGUUAACAGUGGAGCUGGUAUUGGAUCACAACAAAUUAAAUCAUCAGUCACGCCUACUAUUGAGAAGGUAUCACCUGUCUAUGCUCCACCAGGCUCAGUUAUUGGAUUGAAUGGAACAAUUUUCACUAGUCGAUUUAGUUCAAAUUUGGAUGUUUUCACAGUUGGCAGAUCACAAAGUAUCAUUAGGAUAUACGAUGGCCCAGGAAAUUGUGAACCUCAACUGCCAAACAGUGACUUGUACUAUGGUAUUGGUCUACUUUCUCCUACAUCAGACAAAGGUUAUAUUAUGUGUAAACGAAGCGUAUCACAUACAGGUUCCGUGAAUAUCAGUUUCAUAGUUGAUGCACCAUAUGGACGAAGUAAAACUUUAGAGUCAGUUUAUCGAGUUGACAGAAAUGAACAAACUUUUAUGCAUCAGUCUUAUUCCGUUAUCAACAAUGUUACAUCCACUCAAACAUCUUCGUCCGGAGGUGGCUCAAUUGAAAUAACAGGCGAAUAUUUAAAUUAUCAAAACGAUGUCACAAUCUCUGUAGGAUAUACAAAAUGUUCACCAACAUUGGUAAAUUCAACAUAUAUUCAAUGUAUCCUUGAUCAAAUUGAACAAACACCGAAACCUAAAUUUUAUUCAGGGAAUCGAGGAUUAACUGUUCAGUUUUGGUCAGAUUUGAAGGCAUCAAGUGUCAGUGACUUGCUGAUGAUAGAUUUUGAUCAAAUUACAAAUACAACUCUAAAAGAAGCAUAUCUUUACGAACCAGAAUUUAUACCAAAAGACUUAUUUAACGGGACAGGAAUAAUUCGUCUUUCAAUGAUAUUUGUACCUCCGAAAAAUUCUCAUUAUCAAUUCAUAGUUACUUCAGCUAAUACAUAUGCUCUUCUUGGUGGAAGAAUUAAUGAAACUCUGACACAAAUGACUAUAACAAAUAGUCGAACGAAAUCAAUUUACUUAAACAGAAAUGAAGACUUCUUACUUGAACUUCGUUGUAUAAUUUCUCAACCUACAUCUGUUGUACGCUUAUGUGCUUCUUUAUCAAAUACAAGUUUAAAUUACCAACAACUCAAAACAUCAAAACCAACAUCCUAUUUGUUAUCGAUUAAAUCAAACGACAAUUCAGAGAAACAAGUCAUAGAUCAUUCAGCUUUGAUAAACUCUUCAAUUGUACCAAUAUCUGAGAUUCAAACAGUCAGUAUACCAACGGCCGCUACCCAGUAUAAGCUGUGUUUAUUUAAUUCGUGUACAUUGCCUUUACCAGUUCAAAAUCCAAAUGUUGAUUUAAUUAAUGAAGAGAUUAGCGAGAAAUUGAAUGGUUCUUCUGUGAAAACGAAAAUUGUACAAACAACAAAUGAUUAUUUGAUCCUUGAAAUAACGUUUCCUCAAGAGUUUGGUGAUAUACCAUUGCUAAAUGUACAAAGCUUUCCGGAAACAAUCAACAAACCACAAGUUAAUGAAACUGUACAAGGAAUGACAGGAUUUUCGAAUACAAUUAGACCAUCCUAUGGUGGUAUGUACUCAUAUAUGACCUAUACACUUACCAGUACUGAAAAUGAAAUUCGACAAGCAUAUCUCAAUCUUGGCUCAUCAUGGUGCCCUUCUAAAUUGAUUAAUCCUACAUUUAAAUAUGCUGUUCUAGAUGAUUUUGAAACAUCAACACUUAAUACUGUUACAACAGAAACAGUCGCAUUUUGUGGUCGACAAUCUGCUUUCAAUUUAUUUACCUACCAAUUUACUCAACUUAUCUCAGUUAACACUAAUCCUUAUUUAUGUUUUGCAAUAAAAGGAAAAACGAAAAACAGUGUAAAUUUACUAUACAAUGCUAUUGGUGUAACAUCUCGUUUAUUGAAACAAACAUUAACCUAUUCAAUUGAUCUUACACUAAAAGAUGAAAAUUCUUGGAAAUUCAAAUGUAUUAAUGUACUACAAUUACUUCGUACAGAUCCACGCAAUAUAAAUGCAACAAUUUUUCAACUUGAAUCAUUUGCUAUACCACCAAGAAAGAAAUUUUACGAAUUGGAAUAUAGUUUAUUCUUAGAUACAGUAUAUAUGGGAACAAAACCAAUUUCCGAUAAUCCAGAUGACGUUGUUACAUGGCCACGAUUUCCAAAAGAUAUAUUCAGUGAUAUUAAAAUAACAAAGAAUUUAACAACCUUUGGUGUAUUCACAGUUGAAAUAAUAACCAAAUCAUGUAGAACCAAUUUUGAACUGUUUGGAUUAACCGGUGUGAAUAUGCCAAAUGACAAUAAAACUAUUAAUCAAAAAGUAAUCCUUCGAGAUGAAAGAUGGCCACCAACUGUUCAAAGUUCAGUAGCACGAAUUCAAUCAGCUUCACCACCUAUUGAUGGAAAUUUUAUCUUAUCAUUUAAAGGAGUACCUACUUCACACGUUGUUACAUGGCCACGAUUUCCAAAAGAUAUAUUCAGUGAUAUUAAAAUAACAAAGAAUUUAACAACCUUUGGUGUAUUCACAGUUGAAAUAAUAACCAAAUCAUGUAGAACCAAUUUUGAACUGUUUGGAUUAACCGGUGUGAAUAUGCCAAAUGACAAUAAAACUAUUAAUCAAAAAGUAAUCCUUCGAGAUGAAAGAUGGCCACCAACUGUUCAAAGUUCAGUAGCACGAAUUCAAUCAGCUUCACCACCUAUUGAUGGAAAUUUUAUCUUAUCAUUUAAAGGAGUACCUACUUCACGUAUAUCAGCUAAAUAUAUGGAACCAAGUGUCAUUGAAAGAUUGUUAAAUUUACAUCCAUUAAUGGGUACUGUACGUGUUAAUAGAUAUGGAUGGUGUAGAAAUUUUCAAUAUAAUUUUUGGCUUGAAAGUUUACCUGGUGAUCAACCUGAAAUCUUAGUGAUGAAUGAGACAAGACUGAUUGGUGAUUCACCGCAGAUUAUCAUACAAAAGUCUGCCAUUGGAGAAUUAGUUAUGUGUCCGAUAUCAGGGGACAUGGCAGCAACAAAACACUCUGUUCCACAGGUUAGAUUAUACGUUGAUAAUUUCCCGGCUUACUGUGAAUCGUCAUGUGAUCAUCAGUUUAUUGAUUUAUUAAGCCCUGUUGUAACCAAUUCAACAGUACAAAUAAUUAACAAUAAUCUGACAUUGAUUUUAAAUGGAACCGAUUUUAUUGCCAAUUCACCAAAUUCUUAUGAAUUAUUCCUUAUGUUCAAUGAUGAAAUUGUAUUAAAAGAACAACCAUUUUUAACUACUACAACAAAUUUAUACUUUUUUAAUCAAAAUGUUAAUGUUAUUCCAUCUGGAUUACUGAUUGGUCGAUUACGUUUAAUUGAUAAAGGAUUUCUAAAUGAUCCAAUAAAUAUUCAAUUAGGCAAUGAAAGUAGUGAAAUUAAAGAUAUUGUACAGACUGGAUUGUUUGAUGAUGAUAAAGAAUAUAUAAGAAUAACUGGAUCACGUUUUCUUCCAAAUCAUUCAUUAGUAUCAUUUGAUGAUAUACCAUGUGAAAUAAUAAAUAUGACAACAGUUGAAAUAUACUGUUUACUGCCUAUCACUGAACUUACAGGUCAAAAAGUAGUCAAAAUUCAACAACACAAUAGUAUCAUCUCCAAAACAGAAGAUUUUACUGCAAUACAAGCCAAUGGACCAGUUAUUACAUCUGUUGAACAAACACAAAUUGCUUCAGUUUCUGGUACUACACAAAUUAUAAUAAAUGGUCUUCGAUUCACUCCUACAAUGUUAAUUUUUGUUGGUGGAGUAAGAGUGGAAAAUUUUACAUUUAUUAAUGAAACACAAAUAAUCAUAUUGGCACCUGUACAAAAAGUAAAUGGUGAAAAAAUUAUCUCAUUAUAUGGUUCAUCUAAUGUUUUAAUAGAAUCUAAUUUUUCAGUGACUUAUAAGUUUGAAAUAUCUGGUAUAAAACCACAAAUUGGUAGUUUUGUUGGUGGACAAAUUGUAAACAUAGUCGGUGAGGGUUUUAAUGAUAAUGUGAAAGUUUUUAUGAAACCAAUUACUGUCGAAAAUCAAUUAUGUAAUGAUCGACCUCGUGCUGAAUGUGAAAUACUAUCUAAAAAUUCAACAACAAUACAGUGCAAAACUACGUCGAUGGUUAAAACUCAUUAUGUUCUUGACAGUGGAAUUGAUUCAGUACGUGGUUUAGGCUAUGAAUGGCAACCGAAAACAUUAACAAUAAUUCAAGGUGAUAGUGUCGUGUGGAUUUGGAAUACAAGUACUCGUGUAAAUCCAUUAAUGAUAGCUGAAAUAUCUGGUCUUGAAGAUUUAACUCCAUCUGAGUCAGGAUUUCAUAGUGGUCAACCAGUACAAAAUGGUGUAUAUAGAUUUAAUUUUACACAACCUGGAACAUAUUAUUAUACAUCAUCUGAAGAAUUUUUAAUGACAGGUGUUAUAGAAGUCAAAGCAUUUGAUGAUUGUAUGACUGAAGUGAUUGUAGAAACAAAUUAUUCAACAGCUAUUCAUACAAAUGUUCCAGCUAAUUGUGCAGAUCAGUUAAUGAUCAAUAUUGGCGGAGCUGAUUGUACACAACCUAUUCAAGAUAUUAACGAUUCAGAAUCUAUUGUAUGUAAUUUAAUUGAAGAACAAGUUAUUCCAGCUGGUCUAUUAACUGGACAAGCAUUAAGACCAUGUAUUUCACAUAAUGAUCUUGGAUUAGCACUAUUACAAGUUUCAACUAAUGAAUUUGAACAAUAUGCAUUCUUCUUACCUGAAAUUAAUUGUAAUAAGACACAUGGUAAAGGAAGUAUUUAUGGUGGUGGACAAUUAAUUGUAUAUGGUUCUGGAUUCGAUCCUAUUUAUACAAAUUUUAAUAAAAUUGCAUUGAAUAAUGAGAAGGAAUGUUCAAUUAUCCAAGUUACAUCAGGUUAUAUUAAAUGUUUAGUACCGAUACCGGAUAAUCCAACAAAUGAAUCAAAUAUAGACGUUACUAUACAAGUUAAAAUAAAAUCAAGGAAUCAAAAUAAUUGGAUAGAUGCUCAACAUGAUACUCAUAGAGAUUGUAUAUAUUCAUAUGAUGUAACAGCAACACCUAUUGUAAAAAAUAUUGAACCAAAUGAAAUAAUCAAUAUUAAUCAAACUUUUAUUAUCCAUGGUAACAAUUUCUUAUUACCAAAUGAAAAUUAUACAAAUUUACAAAUUUAUUUUGAUAACACCCCAUGUAUAAUUGAUAUAAAAUCAGUUGCCAUGGAUACAUUAUCAUGUCAAUUAUUAGAAUCACCCUCAUCAUCAUCAUCAGAUUACGUAAUCUUUAAAUUAUUUCAUGAAAUCCGUGGUUAUUCAAAAUAUGAUAUUAAUACAACAAUCAAAAAUCAUAUUAUAUUUAAUACAAUUGAUCCAUUAGAAGGUAGUUUUGCUGGGGGUACAAUUAUCAAAUUCCAUGGUAACAAUUUAAAUCAUUCAAAUAUUAAAAUUUUAUUUAAUUUAAAAGAAUGUUCAAUAAUCAAUGAGAAUAGAACUAAUGAUCAAAUAUUAUGUCGUACACCAGAACAAUUAAAUUAUUCAUAUUUAGAUAAUUAUAAAGUUUCAAUUAAUAUAUCUAAUGGUUCAUUAAUGACUACUGAAUAUACUUAUAUAAGUAGUAAAACACCAAAAGUAAUAAAUAUUACAAUGAAUUCAAUAAAUUCUAAUGGUACAUUAAUUACUCAAUUAAAUAUAUAUGGUAUAAUGCUUAAUGGUGAUAAUACAAAAAUGAUAAUGACUGAAGUGAAAUUAAAUCAAAUUAUAUGUAAUAUAAUAAUUAUUCAAAAUGAUUAUAUUCAAUGUAAUGUAUUAAAUUUACCAAAUGGAAUAUAUCAACUUAUUGUUGAUACACCAAUAUAUGGUUAUGGAUUAACAAAAAAUAGUAUCUAUGUAAAUUUUACAUUAAAUUCAAUUAGUCCUAAUUCAGGUGGAACAGAAGGGGGUCAAUUAGUGGAGAUUCAAGGGAUAGGAAUGGAUGUUGAACAAAGUACUGUUAAGAUAUGUGAUCAAAUUUGUCCAAUAGUUGGAGGGAGUUCACUUGCACUUAAGUGUGUUACGCCUAAAUUAUCUACAUUGGACAUAAAGAUGUGUGAUGUUACAGUGAUAGUUCCUACUAUUGAUAAUAUAUUACAAAAAAAAUUAAUUGGAGCAUUCAAAUAUAAUGCAGAUCUUGCACCAAGAAUAAUCAGUGUAGAUCCAUUAAUUGGUGGCACUGGUGGAGAUACAAAUCUUACUAUAAUUGGUACUUUGUUUGAUGAAUCAACUACGGUUACGGUUGGUGGUACUGACUGCCAAUUAAUAUCGCUGAAUGAUACUGUCAUUAUAUGUCAAACUGGUGAACAUAACAGAAGCGCAAAAGUACCUAUUGAAGUGAUCGUUGAAAACAAUGGCAAAGCAUCUGGAAAUUUCACAUUUUACUAUGUGGAUCGUUGGUCAAGUCAAUUCACUUGGAAUAAUCAACCAAUUCCUGUUGAAAAUGAUUUUGUUGUUAUUAAUGCCAAUCAAAAUAUUAUGUUAGAUGUAGAUACACCAAUUCUAUCAAUGUUACUUAUUAAUGGUGGUAUAUUAUUCUUUGAUCCAACAAAAGAUAUACAAUUAAAUUCAAAAUAUAUAUUGAUACUAAAUGAUGGAAAACUUCUAAUUGGAUCACCAGAAGAACCCUAUACUAAACAGGCUACGAUAACACUACAUGGACAUGUACGAGAAAAAGAACUACCUAUGUACGGUGCUAAAGUUUUAGCAUUACGUAAUGGUACAAUCAGUAUACACGGUAAACCUAGAAUUAUUACAUGGACACGAUUAGCCGAAACAGCUGAACCUGGUACGAAUAAACUAGUACUAGAACAAUCAGUUGAUUGGCAACCUGGUGAACAUAUUAUUAUUACAUCUACUGGAGGAAAAUCAUCACAUAAUGAAUCUGAAGAACAUAUCAUUCAAGAAAUUUCAUCAGAUAAUCGUACAAUUACGUUAGUUACACCAUUAGCUUACAAAAAAUUAUCCGUAAAGAAAAUUUAUCCAAAUGGUGUUACUGGAAAUUUCGCUGCUGAAGUAGGUCUAUUAAGUAGAAAUAUUUUAAUACGUGGAACACAAGAACCAGUUGUCUCAUCAGAUGUACCAAAAUGUUCAAGUGCUUUUAGUACAGAUCAAUUUGCAACUCAUACAUGUAUGAUAGGUAGUCCAGAUGAACAGUUGGGUGCAAAUGAAUAUGGAGGACAUGUACAUAUUGGUGGUCCAUUUUUAGAUAGUGGUGCAGUUAAAGUCUAUAUAUCACAUACUGAGUUUUAUUUCAUGGGUCAAGCUUAUCGACUUGGUCGAUAUCCUGUACAUUUUCAUUUAAAUGGCUUGAUGAAUGGUUCUUAUGUACGUGGUUGUUCUAUACAUAAAAGUUUUAAUCGUGCUAUUAAUAUACAUAAUACACAUGAAGUAUUAAUAGAAAAUAAUGUAGUUUAUGAUAUAAUGGGUGGUGCAUUAUUCUUAGAAGAUGGUAUUGAACAUGGAAAUUUAAUUCAAUAUAAUCUAUUUGUACAUGUUAAACGUACUAGUAGUUUAUUAAAUGAUGAUGUUGUACCAGCGGCAUUUUGGAUUACACAACCAAAUAAUACAGUAAAACAUAAUGUUGCUGCAAGUGGAACACAUUUUGGAUUUUGGUAUCGUAUGUUAGAAAAUCCAAGUGGACCAUCAACUACCACAAGUGUUUGUCCACGUAAAAUUCCUUUAGGAAUAUUUGAAAAUAAUACAGCUCAUAGUAAUGGUUGGUUUGCAUUAUGGAUUCAUGAAAGUUUUUUCCCAACAAAAACUGGAACUUGUGGAACAACGAAAUGGGAUAAGGCUGUAUUUCGCAAACUUACUGCUUGGAAUAAUAAUAAAGGACCGGAGUGUGUUAAUUGUGGUGGUGUACAAUUUGAAGAUAUGUUAUUAGUGAAUAAUGAUGAGGCAGCAAUCGAAGGAAAACGUCUUAUGAAUGGAAAUUUAUAUGAUCCAACAACUGGUCCUUUGUAUAGGAACAGUACAAUUGUUGCCUAUGAACCUGAUCUUACCAAUGGAAAUUCUGACUGUCAUACAAGAGCAGUUAUUUUGCCAUGGGCACCUGGUUUAACCGUUGAAAAUAUGGUAAUGAAAAAUUUUAAUAGUCAAAAUUGCACAGCGAUUCAUGGUACUGUAAUUACAUGUCAAUGUAGGAAACUUUGUGGUGGAUAUGAAUAUUUAUUUAAAGAUAUAAAAUGGGAGAAUACUAAUAAUCGAGCUGAAUUUCGAUGGCAUGGUGAUUUCAGUCUUCGUGAUGUAGAUGGAUCAUUGACAGAUGGUCUUCCAAAUGUUCCAAAACUUCCUGGAUCUUUAGUCGUAGGGAAAGCAAAUCAUUUACCUGCUGACAAAUGUGGUCCAAGUGCUCCAGGAGCUGGUGAUCUUGGGAGUGCUUUUGGUCAAGGCGCAGUUCCAGGUGUUCGUUGCCUUCCUGAUGUUACAGCAUUAAGGUAUGCUGUUGAUCAAGCAAAUCCAUCAGUACUUAUGGGCAGUAAUAUGACUGUUACACUGCUUGACGGUGGGACAGAAGAAGUGCCCUUCAAAUCCGAAGCUCUUACUGACAAACAAGGGUGGAUGACUACGUUGGUAAAUAACAGAACUUAUAUUGUCAAUUGGGAUGCGAGGUCAUCAUUUACCAACCUUAGUUAUAUUGGCUACCUGGAAAAUUUCAGGCAAUCUGAUUAUGUUAUAAUUCGUCAUAUGGGCAUGGAUAUUAAACCAGAUAGGGUUCAAGUCCUCUCUGGUCAAACACCUAAACAACCAAUUACUGAACCUUUGGAUCCAUCUAUACAUAAUAAUGGUGAAGUGUUUUAUAAUGAAACUGGGAAAUAUAUUGAAUAUUUAGUGAAAGCUCCAGUUAAUCCAUCAUUAUUCAACAGCUAUCGUCUAUGGGUGUCAUUUUAUAAGUGCUUUUUUACUGAUUGUAUUGUUCCAAGUUCAAGUUCCGUAAGUGUAUUGGAUACAUCUCGACCAGUGGAUGCAUUAUAUUGGUCAAAGAAUAAUACAUGGGGAGGUGUGCUUGGACCUCAGCCAGUAAAUGGAAGCUCGCUGAUGGUUCCUAAAGGAACAUGGUUAGUACUUGAUACAUCAAUUAAUAUCAAAAUGAAUAAUAUUACAAUAUAUGGAACACUUGAAAUCGAUUCAGGAACAAGUCAAGAUCAACGAAUUUAUAAGUUAGCAUUUAAACAAAUGUUAAUUAUUGGAGGUCAAUUUUUAGCUGGAUCACUUCUUGAAAAACCAUUAACAAAUGCAACACUUGAAUUAACUUUACUUGGUACUAUAUCUGAUGAAUUUAUUAGUUUAGAUGGACCAAUAAUUGGACCUAAAUCAAUUGGUGUUUACGGAAUAAUGAGUAUGCAUGCAGUACCCAAAACUAUAAGAUGGACCACUCUUAAAUUAACAGCUAAUGCUGGAGAUAAUCAAUUGUAUCUUACUGAUCCAGUAAUAGAUUGGUUGCCAGGUGAUCGUAUAGUCAUUGCUACGACUAGUAUGAAUUAUAAACAAUCCGAAGUUGGUAUAAUUGCUUCUGUUUCGUCGGAUCGAGUGAUAAUCACACUUGUAGACAAAUUAAUAUAUACUCAUGUCGCAUACAAUCAAACCUAUGGGAAUCACAAAUUUCUAUUAGGCGCAGAAGUUGGUUUGAUCAAAUCAAAUAUUAUUAUCCAAGGUGAUGAUCAAAGUGUUAACGCUAAAUUUGGCGGAAGAAUCCUAAUUUCACAAACUCUGUACGAAGGUGACAUUUUAAAUGGACAAUUAAAAUUAUCAGAUGUACACUUCUAUCGAAUGGGUCAAAAAGAUUUUAAUACUGUAACCGAUGCACGUUUUCCUAUUGCAUUUAUCAGUGCUGGUGAUAUGAAUAAUAUAUCAUAUAUAAAAUCUUGUUUAUUUGAAAAUUCUUUAUCUACAGCAUUAGGAGGAUUUGCAACUACAGGAUUAUAUAUAGAAAAUAAUAUCUUUUAUAAAACAUUGGGUUCUGCAAUAUGGUUAACAGAUGGAAAUCAUAAAUUAAUACAUAAUCUUCUUAUUGAAUCAAUUUGGUCUGGUGAAAUAAUAGCGGAUAAUCAAAAUUUUGAUAUUUUAUUUGAAGCUGCAUUAGAUAUUAAACAAGCUAGUGAUUUAAUUUUACAAAGGAAUUCAAUUGCUGGAGCUGAACGUCUUUGUGUUUAUACUCAAGGUAAUCCAUGUGAUGAAAGUUCUACAGCAAUAUGUUUCGUAGAAUGGGAGGGGAUUUCACAUUAUCAUUCCUCCCUACCUGAACGUGUUGCCAGUCCAUCCAGUGUUCGAGCUGAAGAAGAAACAAAUGCCACUCAAAAGCGUAUCAUAAGGACCUUAGAAAACCGAAAAGUCGAUUAA